AUGUCAGUUCCUGGCUCAUCCUAUGCCGUUGCUACGGUGACCUUCACCCCGCCAGAUGAGCAGAACUACAACUGCACAUUCAAGGCUUCCCUUGUCAUCCCAAAAGGCUCUGUGAAAAUCAAACCCCAAACCCUGACCUUCACCAUCAGCGGGAGGGGGCACGAGCCGCAGCUGACAGUCGUGUGCCCGAGUGCUCGCAGCGAGAGGGGAAACGCCGUGCUGCGCUUCAAGAGGCUCCGGCUGGGGGAUUCAGAGACGCUGCCCCUGGUCAUCCGUAACAACGGCAGCAUACCUGUCAAGAUUAUGUUACACCUGGAGGAUAAGCAUGGAGCGUUCUUCUUGAAAGGCAGGGCCUCCACACUCAGGAUAUUCCACACUGAAGAUGUGGAAGAGGACUCCGUUGGAAACGAGAGCAAGCCCCCGAAGAAGCCUUUCUUCCUUCUGCAUUGCGGGCAAUCGACAGAGUUUGAUGUCAUUUUCAAACCCACGCGGGCUCGACGUCUGGAAGGGGAGAUUUGUCUCUUCAUGGGGGACAUGUGCUCUAACAAAACCCUAGUAGAGCUGGUGGGUGAAGGCCACAAGGAUGAAUUCACCCUCGAUGGCCUAGAGGAAGACACAAUGGAGGGGAAUGCUGAGAGCAGUCUGAAGAAAGACAUCAUUGAUGCUGUCAGAAUGAAUCACCUCCAGUUUGGGGACUGUCUUGUCGGGAAGCGCUGCAGCAGGACCUUCACCAUCACCAACCACACCCGUAGGAAGGUCAUGCGCUUUGAGUGGGAGGCAGACGCCCCAUUCCAGUUCUCCCCCAAGGUGGGACACCUCUGUCCUCGCCGUGCCAAGGACAUCACAGUGACUUUGAAAUCAGAUGUCCCAGCCACCUUCAGGAGGCACCUUGUGAAAUGUAAGGUGACCAAGAUCAACUUUGAGCUGCCACAAAGGGAGGUUCCUGACUGGGAUGACCGAAAGUGCACUGUCUCAUGGAAGAGUACCACCAGGAAAGACCCGGGAGACAAAUUCCCUAAAAUAGAGAAGGUGGUCGAGAUAGACCCAGAACCGGCUCACACUGUGGUGGAGGAGAGCAGCCAGGAGGCCGAGGUGUACCUCAGUGCCGUUGCUGCCCACAAGCAGUUGAAGCUGAAGACGAUGGUGGUUCAGUUCAAGGAUACCCAGCCCUCCCAGACAAGGACAACCACUUUCAAAAUUCACAACGCAGGGAAGGAAGCCCUGGAGUACUCCUGGGAUUAUGCCGCAGAUAGAGAACCAGUGAACAAGCCAUUCUCAUUCACUCUGAUGCGUCGGUUCCUCUCCGAUGAAACUGUAAAGCAUCGCAGAAAGCUGCUGCGUAGUUACUGGUGGGAGCUGGAACAUCCUCCUAAGAUAGUUCCUAAAGUGCGGCAGCGGCGGCCUGACAGGAGGCUGCGGUUAGCCAGAUUGCGGCAGCAGCGGCGAGACCGGCAGUGGCGCUGGGACUGGAUAUUUCACCCAUGA